GGCAACAUUGUUGUUCUUUUUUUUCUUUCUGUAACGCGUUAGUUACUAGAGUAUACUUAACUAGUAUAUCCAAUUAAUCAAUUUGGAAUUGGUUUCGUUUAUUUUUACUCAGAUGGCUGGACCGUCGCAAGAUCCCAUUCAAAUUAGUGAUGAUGAAGUUUUCCGUCGUAAGUUGUUGAUGGACGGUGACGGAAUGGGAGACGAAAGACGACUCACUUUACUGUUACGAAGUUUUUUCACUUGGUGUGAUGGAAAGAAUGAUUCAGAUGAACAAAUUGUUGCAGGUUAUGAAAGUUUGUUGAGUUCAUUAGAUAAUUGUGAAUUGUUAAUGAGUAAAUCACAUCAGGCACAACUUGCAAAUAAGCGGGAAAUUGAAAACUAUGAGAAACUGGAAUCUGAAAUAGAAAAAAAUAUUGCUGAGAUGCAGGAAACAAUUUUGAAAAAGAAAGAAGAACUGAAAAAAGCUAAGAAGAUACGUGAACAGAAACAAAAAUAUGAUGCCUUAGCAAGGAUCAUUACACAGUUACCUGAUAGAAAAGAGACAGAAGAAAAGCUGAAAGUUCUCAAUGAUGAGAUCAAAGCUUUGGAUGAGUCCAAAAGACAACUGGAAUCUAAGAUUGAAACCAGACACAAAGAACUUCAAGUUAUUUUAAGUUCUGCAGCUACUCUGAAGGAGCACAUCAAAGAAGAAGAAUCUUUAUCAGAAAUGGAUUGAUUCCUGAUCAAUCAUUGCCAAAUUUCUCAUGUUUAUAUUCUCAAUUUUUAAUCACUUACUAUUUGUAUACAUAUGUUUAUCAUAUAUGUCAUCUCAAUUUUGCAUGUGCAAAUAAAACAUAACCAUUUGUCAAA